AUGAUUAUGUUUCUAAUAUUAUUCUUUCCUAUUUUGAUGGUUGACUGGCAGGUAAAUAUUUUUUUCUAGAAUUUACUAAUUAUAGUAGUUUAUUUUCAGAGUGAUGAGCAAGAAAUCAAUGAGGAUGGGGAGAUUGCUGAAAAUUCUGGAAAGGACGAAAAAAGUGAGUGAAUUUUUGAAAAUUUAUUAAAGAGGCUUCUGAUUUCAUUAUUUUUAUUUUUUUUCAAAAAACUGUACAUUGUGAAAAUUCAUCAAUAAUCUCUCAAAUUUUGCCAAAUUAAAGUACAUUCUAUGAAUAUUUUUGACAAAAUAAUAGACAUUGAUGGGAAAGGCUAAUAAUUUAUUGAUUUAAUUACCACUUUAUUGAAAAUGUAAAUUUUUUAUAUGAAAAAUCUUCACGUGAAAUGUACGUUUUUCGGGAGUACCCCCCAAAAAAUGUACAUUUUAUCGGAAAACAAAUUCACGCAAAACUGUACAUUUUAGUCACAUUCCCAUUCUUCCUAUUAAUGUUUAUUUAAAAUUUGGUUUAGCCUAUCCACCUGAAAUUCAACAAAUUUACGAAAAAAUAUCAAACCUCACAGAUCAACUGAACAAAAUCACUAGUAAAAUAAGGCAAGUGAAGAUGAUGAAAUAGUUCAAGCAAUAUCGAUUCUCCGAUUUCAGGGAGAAAAACAAGAAACACUUGGGAAUUUUUUCAACACUGCUGAAUGAAAUCAAUGGAGAUGCUGGGCCAUCAAAUGCGAUUGACAUGAGCAAUGCGGGUGACAUUGAUCAAUUUGAAAUGGAGUUGAUUGAACGAUAUGAACAUGAGAAAAAUUCAAUUGAUCAUGUAAGUUUUUUUUUUUAAUCACACAUAUCAAAACCCUUUUUUCUCAGAAGAUAGCAAAAAUUUAUGAAGAAUUAUUUGAAAAAAUCAAAAAUUAUAAGGAAGAUGAGCUUCGGAAACGAAGACUUCAUCAAAUAACAACUCAACAAGCGAAAUCGGAUGCAGUCGAAUUGAAGUUCAAUCGAUUAAAUGAAUUACAGUGAGUUUCGAUGAUAGAAAGACUGAAGAAGCAGUUUUUUUUCUAGAAAAUUCGAAACAGAAACAAUAAGACGAUUGAAAAUAGAACAUGGAUUACUCAAAACAAUCAAGAGUAUUACUGCAAAUGAAAUGAAUCAAAAAACUAGCUUCAAGCGUUCAAAAUAAUUUUAUAAGUGUGAUUGGAAAUGCAAUUGCAAUUCUAGCUAAAACUGAUGUUUAUUUUGAUUAUGUUCAAGAAUCGGAGCAUCAAGGAAACAUAAAGGUAUGGUCACUUGAUAUUUAUUAUCAAAGUUUGAUUUUUCAGAAGCUAUUAAAUGAUUGGUCUCAAUUUGUAAUUAUAGUUCAAGAAAGAAUAAAAGUUGUGCAAAGUGAUAUUAUCAAUUAUUCAUUAGCAAAUCAACAACUUCGAGAGAAUAUUCAAGUAUGAUUUCAGAUUUGAAAAAUCAAUUCUUUAUUUAAAUUAAAGGCAGUUGGACAAUUAAUUGUCUAAAAAACGUGUAAAAUUUUAUCAUUAAUAAAUUCAGUUCUUUGAUCACAUUUGAGUGUAUUUUUCAGUAUACUUUCAAAAAAGAUGAAUUGGCCUAGAAAAUUUUUUUUGAUCACAGACCACUGGAAAUUGGUCAAUUGUUUUUCCUCUAUUGUUUAUCCUCUAUAAUGUUUUUCGUUUUUUUGAAGGUUUUUUCAAAAAUGUUCUGGUGAAAAUCACGUGAUUCUGAUCUGAAAUUCCAAAGUUUCAGAGAUCCCAUCAAAUUCUGCUUUGUCGAAAAUCUUGCCAGAAAAUUUUUGACAAAACCUUCAAAAAACAAAAAAUUUUUAACAACUCAAAGUCUGUUGAGCAAUUUACCUAAUGUACAAGAAAUUGCAAAAGAUGUUUCGCGAUUUUCCUAAAAAAUUACUUUUUUUUAUCCAAAAACAGAAAUUUCUAAUGGGCCUAUGCAGAAUAAUAUUUUGUAAUAAAAAAACAUAAAAAAACAUUUUUUUCCUAUGCAGAAAAACGUCGAAAAAACAAAAUAAAGACAACGUGAAAUUGAGAGAGCGCAGACAUAAAAUGGGUUUUUUGUCUGCACUCUCUCAAUUUCACGUUGUCUCUACUCAAAAUGAUAAACUGUAUAUUUUGUUUUUUCGACGUUUUUCUGCACAGGAAAAAAAUGUUUUUUUAUUACAAAAUAUCAUUCUGCAUAGGCCCAUAAAAUUAAUGAUAUUAACUAUCCAACUGCCUUUAAUACAAUUUCAAUUGUAGAGAUCAAUAACUGAAGUAGAAAAGGAAUAUAGUAAUGUCUCCAACUACCCUAUUCAAAUAUUUCUUGCUAUCGACCAUAAGGAUUGGGACAAAGUUCAAAGUUUGCAUCAACUAUUGAUCACUCAUAAUGAAAAAAUGACGAGUUACAAAUAUAACAUGAGCAAGAUUAUUAUUGUGCCGGACAACACUUUGGAAUUUCUGGAAGAAAUCGAAACAGGUGAUUUGGUUUUUCGAUUUUCAAACUUCUUAAUUUUUAAUUACAGAACUACUAGUCGACAAUAACGAGCCAACUCUUUAUCACGAGUGA